CGCGGAAAUCGGUUUUUCCCACGCUCAGCGCCAGUGGGCGUGUCUUCUGGGAGCAGUUGGUUGAGACUAGUCGCCACAGGAUGCCCCGGAGCCGACAGAGGAGCCGGAGAGCCCGGGGGGCCUGGAAGGCGGCGGCGGCUGCUGCUGGAGAAGGAGCCGCAGGGGCCGUGGAUGUGAUGGAUUCUGGGAAAAAUCCAGAUUAUGUUGAGCGAUUGGCUUCUAAUUACAUGAGUAAAUGCAAAGUAGAAUCCAGCACAGACUCCGAAUCCGACAACAACACUGAGGGUUGUGGAACCAAUGUGUCCGUCCUAACAUCUCCUGUAGAUGUAAAGACAAUGGAUUUCCAGAAAUUGCAGUUCCUGGACCCUUAUGAUGGAGACUCUGAGGAAACCAUACACUCCGGCAGUGACUGUGACCUGAAAUUUGUGGGCGAUCAUCCCCAGGAGCCUUGUUCCACCAGGGAGGAUCCUCUGGGUAUGGACUGUGGAUUGAAUCCCGUCGGUGAACUACAAUGUGAAGGGUGGAACCUCAUGUCCUACAGUGAUCCCCAGGAGAAAGUGAAGACGUCUUGGCAUAGUCUAAAUCUGUCUGAGAAAUCGAACAAGAGCGCGGUGAGCGUCACAUGUUCAUCUGACCUGUCUAUGGACUCCGGUAUGGUGACUGAGGACGCCGCUAUGACAUCCGUCCGCUUCCUCAUGAUCGGUCUGGAUUCUAGAAUAGAGAUGUCCUCCUCUCCAAUCUUCCCGACCAGCCUCACGUCUGAAGAGAACACAGACUUUAGUAUGUUCGAGACCUCGCUAACAAAACGUAAAGGAGGGACAAGAACGGAAAGUGAGAAGACGAGGAGGAAGAAGCCACGCAUCACUGAAUAUAUGCAGACGUAAAGGCCGUGACUGCUUAGAGACGUCCUCCGGGGGAUUGACGUAUAUUACAGCCACAUUUCAAGAAAUAAAAAACGUAUGAGACUUAUUCAUGUAAUUUACUUUGGAGACAUGUUUUCCUGAUGGGGCCUCUGUGGUAAUACCUUA